AUGGGGUGUAGAGAAAGCUCGCUGCGUUCCGCCGCUGCGAACGCGAAGGGGGAGACCAAGGCGCUAAAACCAGGGGACAAGUUUGUGGACGCGGAGAGCCCCGGACCUUCCCAGGGCGAGACGAGCCAUGCAUCGUCGCUUCCUCAGUCAUCGUCUUCAGAGAACAGGACGCGCUCUCCUGUGUCGGCGCGCCAAGGCAAGGGUAAGUCGCUUUCCCCGCAUGAACCGUCGCGUGGUGGGAAAGAGGCCCCGGAUAAUAUGCAGCUCAUUCCUUUUCUGGCGAAUGAGGUCGACAGCUAUUGCGCAGAGGACGAUUACAUCUUGUCAUCCGGUAGUAGCACCUCCAGUACCCCGCAAUUGUUUCGGGUCGAGCCCACACGCGUAGUUCCAAAAGGAGAAGGCACAUGGGAGUGGUGGUACGAGCAGGUGGAAAAGCUACGUGUCACGAAGGAUAACAGCUCCCGUGCCAGACUACAAGAUAUUCCAAAUCGGCUCACGCGGCAAUAUGAUGCAAACAAGAGCCAGGUCGAGUUGGACCUGAGUUGGUGCUACAUGGAGCGUGCAGCUCCGUACGUUCUUGGAAGACUUUUUGCCAGUCCCUACCUGGGCGAGCUCCGCUGGGUGACUGCACUUCGGCUGGAUGGUAACUACUUCACCGACGACGGAUUUGGAAACAUGCUCGCUGUGAUGGGGGCGGCGAAUGAAAGUCAGAAUGUUUUUCCACUCUUGAAAAAUUUGUACCUUAACAGCAUGAAUCUCGACCACUGCAGUGUUUAUGGAAUUUUUUUCUACUUGUUCCCCGUGGAUGCAACUCUCGCCGACCGACAAACACCAUCGUUGUGCAUCGCAGGAGAAGCAGCUGGGUUCCCAACGGAGGCGUACAUGCCAUUUCGUGAUGCGCCACACGCCCCGCUGUUUCCGUCGUUAGAAGUACUGAGUCUGUGCGACAACCCGAGCAUAGGCAACCGUGGUUUGGCAGAGAUACUUCGAUGCUUUAUAGCACCCCAUUAUGAGCGGAGGGUGUUGCCCGUGUUGGACCUCUCACGCUGCGGAAUUAACGAGGUGGGGGUGGGCUACAUCAAUGAAUACCUCGGACAGCUCUCAGUGGCGGCGGCGAGGGGGGACUGUGUCGUCGUUGCCAGACGCGUCGUUCUCUUCGGUAACCGGCACAGCAGCAGCAGCAGCGGCAGCGGCAGCGGCAGCAUCCACGCUGAGAAUAGCGCGGACCCGGACGUCACACUUGUGAUCUGA